AUGCUGUUCACCAAGUCGUCUUCCUCACCAGCCCUCCCGCCCGGAGCGGCGGCGUCUCGCCCGACGGUGCCAGCUCAUUCCUCUCCCUUGGCGAAUACGGAAUUAGCAGCCCAAGCCCCCAGGGCGGCGCGCCCCGUUACGGCCGCUAACGAGCCGACAUCGGGAGAUCUCCACUCAUCCACGAGCUCGCCCAUGCGUACUCGGUCGUCGAGCCCCAAAGAGCGCGGUGCCGCAGCCGCUCCUGCCACGAGGCCGCCGCCAUCCGCCUUCCGAUCAAACCGCAACAGCAGUGGAAAGGGCAAGGAGCGUGAGCAGGUUGCUCGUCAGAACCGUCCUGGACGUCACCCGUGGCUGAUCGACCCGCUGGAGGCCCGUCGCAACGCUGAUCUGUGGAUGCAGCAAGACCGUGUUAUCUUGAUCCUCGGAGAACCCACGCGUGCCACUUUGGAGCCUCUUCUAUACUGCCCGUCCUUCCAGGAUACGCUGAUCCUGAUCGGUACACUCCGCCCUGUCCCGGAGAUCGAGGCACUCAGCUCUCCGUCGCAGCUGAUGAACUCGGGGGAUCACCGCACGAUCUACCCGACCAUCCAGCCGUUCAGCCCGACUGCGGAGGCUGUUGCUGAGAAGAACCCGAUCCCUGCUAUCAUCGAGGAAGCCACUUUCCUCGCAGAGCAGUACCGCCGGUAUGGAGGCACGUUCGCCGCACCGACUCCUUCGGGUAACGGCGGUCGACGAUCUCGCAGGGGUUCGUCCAGCUCUGGCACUACCACUCCUCCUGUGUCUGGUCGCCACCGUUUCGCCAACAUCGGCCGCCGCAACUCGUCCUCGGCGGACUCAAUACGCUCUGUCUCGAGGACCAACUCGUUCACUGAUCUGGCGCGCAUUGUCUCGGGUGGCGGUCGCAGCCGGCCGAGCUCUCGUGCUGGCUCUAUCAAGGACGGAGUGGCCGGCUCUGAGCGCACGGGUACUAUCAAGAGGAUCUCGUCAUUCUUCUUUUUCGAUGAGAGCCUUCGCCCCCAAGGCCCUCCCAUCGACGCCGCGAUCAACUUCCUCCCUAUGCCGCCUCUGGACUGCGACUCCCAGACGGCUAUGCACACCCUUCUCCAGCACACCAUCGUCCUCACCUCUGGCCUGAUGCCGGUGCUGACGAAGGCUGGCUCUGCCAGCAAGAGUGUUGAUGGAAGCGGUGCCAAGUUUGAUCUGGCGCCCUUAUCGCUUGUGCACAUUGUUCCGAUCGACGCCCCGCCCACGCUCGCACCAGUCAUUGAACGGUUCCUGGUGCCCUUCCUCCCGACCAUGUCCAGUCGUGUCCGCCGACACCUUUUCUCUUGCGUGACUGGUCUUGGCGCCUGGCUGGCACCUUACACCGAUGCUGAGGGCGCUGGUCUGUCGGGUGCCGAGACGCUACUGUUCGGAGGCGCCCGAUGCGUACCCAUUGCUGGCGGUCACGCCGGUGACAGGAAGAUGCAGGCGAUGAUGCCUGGCUGGGACUACUGCCAGCCAGCUCCGGGGGCCCUCGUCGACCUCUCUAAGAAAGCAGGCGACGUGACCCCUCCGGCAUUCGACCACCGUGACUCCGCGAACCAGCUGUCGCAGAUUAGGUCCAACCACGCCUCAGCCUCAGCUCCGUCGUCACCCACCGCCGGUACGACUAGCCGCGACUUGCCGAUUUUGUCGCCAUCUCUGUCCCGCUCGGACAUGCAGCAUUCGAACAGCGACUUUGGACGCUUGUCCAGGACCGCGGGAAGCAGCACGAGCAGUUCGACGGACCAGCUUCGCAUGGCGCCGAUGUCUCGCAGCGAAUCCGCCAAGUUCACUUCGCGCUUUGACCCGAGGUCCGGCGCCAGCAGCCGCUCUGCCCAGUCGGAGAACGGCCAUGGCCACUACAUGAAGAAGUCGCCUUCGAUGAGCAGCUCGAACGCCGCCCCCCGGCGCGCUCCCUCGGCUCUGCGCAACUCGAGCAAGCCGACGCAGCAGCAGCAGCAGCAGGGUGUCUCCCCGCCGACACCCGAGCUCGACCCGUCCAUGACUUCGAGCUGCUCGUCUUCUUCUGUUGUCGAGCCCUCCUCGGCCGAGGAGCGCUCUGUCAACAGCGCUGAGAACCCGAAUGGCAUGACUCCUCGCCCUGCGAGGAAGUCUGCCAGCGCCCCGUCGAUCCGCAGCAUGAGCCGCUUCGGCAAGGGCUUCAGCGGGUUCACGAGCAUCUUCAAGCGCCGCGGUGUCGCUGCCUAA